CCAUUUUCUCUCUCUCUCUCUCUCCAACACAAACCUAAGAUCCAUUCUCCCACCAUGAUCGGAACGCUCCCCUCCACCACCCCCCAAAACGGCACCGUCCAACCCUCCCACCACGUCUCCACCCCCGACACCGCCACCCUCGGCCGCCACCUCGCCCACCGCCUCGUCCAGAUUGGCGUCACCGACGUCUUCUCCGUACCCGGGGACUUCAACCUCACCCUCCUCGACCACCUCAUAGCCGAGCCGGGGCUCAACAACGUCGGCUGCUGCAACGAGCUCAACGCCGGCUAUGCCGCCGACGGAUACGCGCGGUCCCGCGGCGCAGGGGCGUGCGUUGUUACGUUCACGGUGGGCGGGCUGAGCGUGCUCAACGCCAUUGCAGGCGCGUAUAGCGAGAACUUGCCGGUUAUCUGUGUGGUGGGGGGUCCGAACACGAAUGAUUACGGGACGAACCGGGUUUUGCAUCAUACGAUCGGGUUGCCGGAUUUUAGUCAGGAGCUGAGGUGCUUUCAGACUGUUACUUGCUAUCAGGCUGUUAUUAGUAAUUUGGAAGAUGCACAUGAACAAAUUGACACGGCCAUCUCUACUGCUAUGAAAGAGAGCAAGCCCGUCUAUAUAAGCAUCAGUUGCAAUUUAGCUUCCAUUCCUCACCCCACUUUCAGCAGAGAACCCAUUCCAUUUGCCCUGUCGCCCCGGUUGAGUAACAAGAUGGGGCUUGAAGCUGCUGUGGAAGCAGCAGCAGCAUUUCUUGACAAGGCAGUGAAGCCAGUAAUGGUGGGAGGUCCAAAACUCCGAGUUGCAAAAGCCAAUGAUGCCUUCGUUGAACUGGCAGAUGCUUCUGGUUAUGCUGUGGCGGUGAUGCCAUCCGCGAAAGGAAUGUUUCCAGAGCACCACCCUCGAUUCAUAGGGACCUACUGGGGUGCCGUUAGCACUGCAUUUUGCGCGGAGAUUGUGGAAUCAGCAGAUGCUUACUUGUUUGCUGGCCCCAUUUUCAACGACUACAGCUCGGUCGGGUACUCCCUCCUCCUCAAGAAGGAGAAGGCAAUCAUCGUGCAGCCUGAUCGGGUGGUGAUUGCCAAUGGGCCCACUUUCGGAUGCGUAUUGAUGAAGGACUUUCUCAUUGCACUUGCAAAGAGGCUUAAACGCAACACUACAGCUCAUGAAAACUACAGCAGGAUCUUCGUUGCUGACGGGUUUCCUCUCAAGUGUGAACCAAGUGAGCCUUUGAGGGUUAAUGUUCUCUUCCAGCAUGUGCAGAAGAUGCUUUCACAUGAUACGGCUGUGAUUGCUGAAACUGGAGACUCCUGGUUUAAUUGCCAGAAGCUGAAAUUACCAGAAGGAUGUGGUUGGUGUUGCAGGUAUGAAUUCCAAAUGCAGUAUGGUUCGAUCGGGUGGUCUGUUGGUGCCACCCUUGGAUAUGCCCAGGCAGUACCCGAUAAACGAGUGAUUGCUUGCAUUGGAGAUGGAAGCUUCCAGGUGACUGCACAAGAUGUGUCGACCAUGAUUCGUUGCGGGCAAAAGACCAUCAUUUUCCUGAUAAACAAUGGGGGAUACACCAUAGAGGUUGAAAUCCAUGACGGACCAUACAAUGUCAUUAAGAACUGGAACUACACUGGACUAGUUGAUGCUAUCCACAAUGGUGAAGGCAAUUGCUGGACAAUGAAGGUACGCUGUGAAGAGGAGCUUAUUGAAGCAAUUGAAAUGGCAACUGGUGAGAAGAAGGAUUGUCUCUGCUUCAUUGAAGUGAUUGUACACAAGGAUGAUACAAGCAAAGAGCUACUUGAGUGGGGAUCCAGGGUGUCUUCUGCCAAUAGCCGUCCUCCAAAUCCACAGUAGAACUUCUAUCUUGAUCCAAGCUUAGUAGUACUUUCAUGGAGUUUAUGAGAAUGUGAGGCAGAUUUGGUUUAGUUUUCUAUAGACUUGGCAACUUCGGCUUCUGGUGGUUGAGAAUGAUUUUUAAGUAUUAGUAA